UCGCGUACGGCUGCCCACGGGUUGGAGUUUGGCGUAGUUUACGAAGAUAAUAAUUUUAAACUAGCUGGCAUUACCGACCAUAUUGGUCAGGGCACACGCGACAUGCAGUACGUGAAAGACCGGUAUAUGUCCCAGGGCAACUACGCCAAGAUGAACGGUCUGCCCCUGUUUAUGGACUUUGGCCCCCAAGGACUUGACAACAAUGAAUGGACCCAGAUUUUCAGCCCCUAUAACCCUAAGCCUGAGUUUAUCCGACUGUGGUAUCAGCAAAAGUCUACCGGUGGAAUGUCCCAGGGCGAGUUCGCCUGGCCAGCUCAGGACUUUAUUGGCGGUCUUAACAACUUUUAUAACAAAGGUGGCUUAAAAGUGGGAUGCGCCUACUCGGGUUUCAACUCGUUCUACAAGGAGGGUGGUUGGGGCGACUUUCCCUGGUCAAUCCCGGUCAAUACAAACAACUUCCAACAGACACUGGACCUGGCACUGCAACACACGGACGUGGUGCAAGUGGCCACCUGGAACGAUUACGGCGAGGGCACCCAGAUUGAGCCCACGUUGGAAUUUCACCAUGGUUAA